UUUUUUUUGAUUACGUGGCAAGUUGUAAACCGCCGGAUUUAUCCGAGCAAGCCGAUCCAGGUUUCAUAUUGACCAACACACUAGAGUCUAGCGCCUGAGUUCUGAGUUCUCACGGUGUGUCGAAUCCAAUCUGCGAGAAACAACCGAAGUCGUCUUCCAAACUCGAUGGCGCCGAAACCGAUUACCAGUCCCGUACCAGACGCCUGGUACCCAACUCUGUCGGUCUUCAUGCUCGCGAUCGGUCUCGUGGUCACCGCCUCCUUCUUCAUUUAUGAAGCAACCUCUUCUAGGCGGAACCGAAGUCUUACCAAGGAGCUUAUCACAGGAGCAGUGGCUUCUGUCUUCCUGGGUUUUGGGUCCUUGUUCUUGCUGCUUGCUUCUGGUGUUUAUGUCUGACUUUUUUUUUACCGUUGGACAAUGAGAUUUUUUCAAGCAGAAUUAGUUUUACAUGGAGAAUGUGAUUUUGAAAUUGUUAGUUAAUUAUAUUUCGUAGUUUUUGGAAAGAAGGCAAUUUCCAUCAACCACCAUAUUUGUUGUUUGUUGUGUCGUCUCUGCUAUGUGGCAGAAGAGAGAUGAUGAAGUGCGACAUGGUAUCUAAGAAAGAUUUUACUAUGAUGGCUGGAAAUUUGGAGAUUAGCCUUA